CUACAAGCAGCACACAAUUGCACGGGGAGACACACUACUCAACGAGAGUCGUUACGAACAGUCUUGUUCUUAAUCUUUUUCCAAUUAUUUAAUUGGUCUUUUAUUUCGCAGCCAUAUUCCUGAACAUCAUGGAGGUCGAUGAUAUUGAACAAAAUUUGCUCCAGCAGUUCAGCUGCAUGGGCACGACAGAUCACGAAGUUUUAAUUUCUCAACUAAGAAAGUUGGUUGGAGACGAUGUCAACGAAACAACGGCAUCCUUCUUUCUCGAUAUGAAUAACUGGAACCUCCAAGCAGCCAUUUGUUCCUAUUUUGAAUUUCAAUCCACACACAAACUACCCAAUAUGACAUUGGUUAAAGAUGUCACUAUUGGUGAAGGUGAAAGUGUACCUCCUGAUACCAGUUUCGUCAAGACCUGGAAAGUGGCUAACAACGGAGAUGACAGGUGGCCUGAAGGUAGUUAUUUGGCCUUUACCGGUGGUGUCAACCUAUCUAUGCAAACUGCUGUUCCUGUUGCACCUCUAAAUCCUGGGGAGGUUGUAGAUAUCAGUGUGGAUAUGAAUAGCCCAUCUCUUCCGGGAAUGUAUGAGAGCAAAUGGAGGAUGGCUACACCAAAUGGAUCUUAUUUUGGAGACACAAUAUGGGUGAUAUUGAGUGUUGCAGAAGGAGGAACUCUGGCCCUAACUCAGCAACUUACUCAUUUCAAUGCACUUGGUUCUGUAAUACCCAUUGGUCCCCCUUUUAAUCCAUUUGCUGUGCAAAAUGUUGGUCGAGCACAGCAUUUACACCAGGAUGACGCGCAAAUGGGAUCUUAAAAUUCUCACUAUCUACGUUAUUCUUAUUUGUGAAAGGAAAAAGAGCCUGUUUAUAAUAAUCUUAAAUGAAUGAAAAGUCUAUGAUUUUAAAUU